CUGCCUACCAUUAUGGAAUAAAUUGUGCUAAGUGCAGAAAGGCGUGUGUUUCUUGUCGUCCUAUAUCAGGUGUGUGCAAUCAUUGCUUUGGAUCUUUCUUUGGAGAUUUUUGUCAACAUCGAUGUCCGACAACGUGCAUUAAAACAUGUGAUCAAGUGACCGGAAGAUGUAAUAACUGUAGUGAUGGAUAUCAUGGAAAAAACUGUGAACUUCAAAUGUCUACAGAUUACAAUAGAAUUGAAGAUGUAAGCAGUUCCAAUUCCGAUCAGAAAAAGACUAGUGCUGAUCUAAUGGAUGACCUUAAAGAAGAGAAAGAUGAGAAAAAUCCAAAUAGAUUCACAAUCCUCUUGGUGUUUCUGAGUGCGUUGGUUGUUUUAUCACUCCUGGUCAUCAUUUUUCUCCACGUAUCAAAGCUGAAGAAAGCAAAGUCUAACAAUGAAGAAGAAAAUGGCUUAGCCGUAAAUCUUCAGAGAUCAGAGUCAACAAACGAGUCAGAGCUAGAGGAGAUUCCUCAAAACGAGGCUGAUUACGUAGAAGAGGAAGUCGUUGUCGUAGAAUACUCUAAUCUGAUGUCACAGAGGGUAUCUUUAGAACAAUUUAUAAGGGAAUUACCAGAAAAAAAAUGCAGUGGUAUACUAGAGAGAGAAUUUGAUGACCUUCCGAACGGUUUAUUGGAAUCUUAUUCGGACGCACUUAAAGCUUCGAACAGGAAGGGGAGCCGAUACAAGGGAAUCUAUCCUUGUAAGUAA